AUGCCGUUAGGAUUCAAUAAUCCGCUGCCUUCUUCACUGGCAAGUGAAUGUCGGAAAGCCAGCAAGAUCCUAGUCUCGUUUAUUGACCCGUCGGAGUCGUUUGGACCUGAGAAGGUCAUUCCGCCAGAGAUUCUCGGCCAUGCAAAGGGUCUGGCAAUUCUUACUGUGGUAAAGGCGGGCUUCGUUGGCUCGGCUCGAUUUGGAUCUGGUGUCGUUGUUGCUCGGCUUGGAGACGGGUCGUGGUCUGCUCCCUCUGCCAUCACAACCGCUGGAGCCGGCUUUGGCGGCCAGCUCGGCUUCGAGUUUACCGAUUUCGUGUUCAUACUCAACGACUCGGCGGCAGUCCGUACGUUCAGCCAGGCUGGCUCGAUAACACUGGGAGGAAAUGUCUCUGUUGCAGCUGGACCCGUGGGCAGGAACGCCGAAGCCGCUGGUGCGGCGAGCAUGAAGGGAGUGGCAGGCGUAUUCUCAUAUUCCAAGACCAAGGGCCUGUUUGCAGGUGUGAGUCUGGAAGGAAGCGUGCUGAUUGAGCGGAAGGACGCGAAUGCGAGAAUGUACAACUCGAACAUAUCGGCCAGCCAGUUGCUCAGCGGUGCUGUACCCCCGCCGCCCGGUGCAGAGCCGCUAAUGGCAGUUCUCAGGUCGAGGGCAUUCUCGGGACGGUCUGGUACUACCUAUGCAGAGAGGAUGUACAACGACGUCCCUGUCUAUGACGACAGACAUGUUGCGGGCAUGGGAUAUGAGGGCAGGAACCGAGCUGUUUCGGCCAGCGACUACCAGUACAGCGACCGGCCGCAGCGACACAAUACAUGGCAGGACAACGUCCAUGACCGACAGUAUACCGGACUGAAUCGAGCGAACACUGUAGCGGGGCGUGCCAACCCGAACGAGACGUUUGAUAGCUUCGGCCAGAGCCAGCGGGGAGUAGGAGGAGCGUUUGAUGGCCGCCCCGCCCGUCCGACGGCCCCGAAACCUGUCUUUGGACAGAAACCGCAGUUGGGCAAGGAUCAGGCCCUAGCCCUCUUCACCUUUGAUGCCGACCAGGAAGGGGAUCUAGGGUUCAAGAAGGGGGAGAUUAUCACCAUCGUGAAGCGGACAGAGAAGCAGGACGACUGGUGGACGGGCAGGAUUGGGAACAGAGUCGGUAUUUUCCCGAGCAACUAUGUCGAAGCCGGAAAGUAG